UUUUCCUUGUCUCUUUCCCGCCUCCCUUCUCUUGGAAUCUCUUCCCUCUUUUCACCAUGAUUCCUCCCUCCUAUAACACUUUUCUGUCUCUGAUCUCGUGGCCUAGCCAUGGAUUCCCUCUAUGCCAUUUUCCUUCUCUGCGUCUGCGUAAUGGCGGCCCUGGCUUUGGCUGAAAUACCUCAAAUGGAGCACAUAUUUGAGGUUAUUGAAAGGGAACGCCCCCGUCCUGCUGUCCAAGAGGCUGCAGCCAGAGGCGUUCUGAGCAGGCUUCUUCCUUCACAUUCUGAGAGCUUCAAGUUUGAGAUUGUAUCCAAGGAGCGAUGCGGUGGAAAAUCCUGUUUCAUUAUUGGCAAUUAUGCCUCUAGUUUGCAACAGGCGUCGGAAAUUCUUUUGCAUGUAUAGAAUUAAAGGUACAACUGGAGUAGAGCUAUCAGCUGGCCUGCAUUGGUAUUUAAAGCAUUGGUGUGGGGCACAUAUCUCGUGGGACAAAACUGGAGGUGUACAGCUCGCAUCUAUACCUGUACCUGGUUCACUGCCUCAUGUUCAAUCUGCUGGUGUUUUGGUCCAGAGACCCAUUCCUUGGAGUUACUACCAGAACGCUGUAACAUCAAGUUAUUCGUUUGCAUGGUGGGACUGGAAAAGAUGGGAGAAGGAAAUUGAUUGGAUGGCACUUCAGGGAGUCAAUUUGCCUCUGGCAUUUAAUGGGCAGGAAGCACUUUGGCAAAAGGUUUUCCAGAAAUUGAAUAUUUCUAGCACGGAUUUGAAUGAUUUCUUUGGGGGGCCGGGGUUUCUGGCAUGGGCACGUAUGGCGAAUUUGCACAGAUGGGGAGGACCACUACCACAAAGUUGGCAUGACCAGCAAUUGAUUCUACAAAAGAAAAUACUUGCUAGAAUGCAUAAUCUUGGAAUGACUCCAGUUUUGCCUGCCUUUUCAGGAAAUGUUCCUGCAGCUCUUAAAACAAUUUACCCUGAUGCUAAAAUUGCACGACUAGGCAAUUGGUUUACCGUUAGAGGUGAUCCACGCUGGUGCUGCACGUACCUUUUAGAUCCAACAGAUCCCUUAUUUGUUCAGAUUGGAAAAGCAUUUAUUGAACAACAAAGAAUAGAAUAUGGAAAGACAGGACAUAUAUACAAUUGUGACACUUUUGAUGAAAAUACACCACCAGAUGAUGAUCCAGAUUAUAUUGCUGCUCUUGGUUCAGCAAUAUAUGAAGCAAUGCUCAAAGGUGAUAGCGAGGCUGUUUGGCUUAUGCAGGGUUGGCUAUUUUCCUAUGAUCCAUUUUGGAGGCCACCACAAAUGAAGGCUCUUCUUCAUUCUGUUCCUAUAGGAAGGCUUGUUAUACUUGAUCUAUUUGCAGAAGUAAAACCCAUAUGGAUGACUUCUGACCAAUUUUAUGGAGUUCCUUACAUCUGGUGCAUGUUGCACAACUUUGCUGGAAACAUUGAGAUGUAUGGUGUUCUUGAUGCUGUUGCAUCUGGCCCUAUAAACGCUCGUCAAAGUGAAAAUUCGAUGAUGGUUGGUGUGGGCAUGUCCAUGGAAGGCAUUGAACAAAAUCCUAUUGUUUAUGAUCUUAUGUCAGAAAUGGCAUUUCACCAUAGUAAAGUGGAUGUGGAGAAAUGGAUAUACAAGUAUCCAAACCAGCGAUAUGGGAAGACGGUGAAAGCAUUGCAAGAUGCUUGGAAUAUACUCUACCACACCGUGUACAAUUGCACCGAUGGAAAAUAUGACAAAAAUAGGGAUGUCAUUGUGGCAUUUCCUGAUGUCGAUCCAGUUAUGAUUUCAACUUCAGAAAUAUUUGUAAUUGAAGAGCAUAAGCCUUCCAAAGCAGAGGGAUUGUGUAGAGCUUCUUUAAAGGAAAUAACAGAGUCCUAUGAUCGACCGCAUAUAUGGUAUCCAACAUCUGAUGUCAUUAAUGCAUUAAAACUUUUCCUCUCAAGUGCAAGUGAAGUUUCUGAGAGUUGCAAUUUCAGAUAUGAUCUCAUUGAUCUCACACGACAAGCGGUAGCAAAACAUGCGAACCAAAUAUUCCUGAAGGUCAUAGCAGCCUAUCAGUCAAAGGACCUCCAUGGAGUAGCUCUAUACAGCCAACUCUUCUUGGACAUUGUCAAUGACCUUGACACACUCUUGGCAUGCCAUGAAGGGUUUUUGCUUGGGCCAUGGUUAGAAAGUGCAAAAGAACUUGCACAAAAUGAAGAGCAAGAGAAGCAGUAUGAAUGGAAUGCCAGAACCCAAAUAACAAUGUGGUUUGACAACACAGAAGUGGAGGCCAGCCUACUUCGGGACUAUGGGAACAAGUACUGGAGUGGACUACUACAAGACUACUAUGGUCCUCGAGCGGCAAUAUAUUUCAGUUAUCUAUUGGAGAGUUUGGAAACAGGAGAAGAUUUUCGUUUGAUUGACUGGAGAAGGGACUGGAUUGCACUUACUAAUAAAUGGCAAAAUAGCAGGAAGAUUUUCCCCUCAAAAGGGGAAGGCGACGCACUCAACAUCGCCCUUCAGUUAUACGAGAAAUACUUGCAAAAUCCAGUCAUGUGAUCAGUGACUGUUGUAACUGCAAAGACUUAAAAGAUGGAGAAAUGCCUUCCAUGUUUCUCUAAUAAGUUGAAUAACCAUAUCUCCUCUUGUGCCUACUUCACGUCUUGCAAGUUCCUCUGGUUCCUUUUUGUCAUUUUCCUCUUCCACCAUUAAACAUUUGUUCUCUUUGCUACCUCUUAUUCAUCAAGAUUUCUUAGUUUUUAGCCUUUUACCCUCCUUUCUCCUUAGCGCCUCUUGAUUUUACUUGCAUUACCACUCUUCACUGAUGAAGAUGUUUUAUGAAGGUUUCUUGGGUGUUUCUUC